UAGUUUUAGCAGCUUUUUGGCGCAUCACGUGUGCUUCAGUGUGAACACGGUGCUCUGUAUCCACCCCGCCGCUCUCAUUGAAACACUCUGUUCUCCGCUGUAUGAGGAGGUGAUCAGUGUGAGUGGGUGACUUGAAGGGGAAGAGGGUCGUUUCAUUUGUGAAACAAACGGGAUUCUUUUUGCCUCACUGUUUAUUUCGACAUAAGAAGUUAAAGACGCCGUGAAGGGAAGCUGAAGCUUCGAGUUGGGUGUGAGUGAGGACAGUCAUAAUAAACCAUUUAAAGAGAAACCACAGCUCAGGCAAAGUACAGUAAAGGCUGCCAUGAAGAAGAUGGACAACACAGCCACAGGCAGCUGGACUCCAGACAACAACCCUACCUCCUCCACAAUGAAGAACUCCUGCCAUCCCAAUCUGAAGAUGUUCCUCGCAGCCUUGUCCUUUGCCUACUUUGCCAAAGCUUUAUCUGGCAGCUACAUGAAAAGCACAAUUACACAGCUAGAGAGGCGAUUUGACAUCCCCAGUUAUCUGAUUGGAAUCAUAGAUGGGAGCUUUGAAAUAGGGAAUUUGUUGGUGAUUGCCUUUGUAAGCUAUUUUGGAGCCAAACUCCACCGUCCCAAGAUCAUAGCAGUCGGAUGUAUAUUGAUGUCUUUCGGGACUUUCUUGAUUGCGAUGCCUCACUUCAUCAUUGGCCGCUAUAAGAUCGAAACAUCAGUUAGAGCUACAGUGAAUUCAACCAACAACCUCUCUCCAUGUCCAGAAAGCUCACCUGAGUCCACCAGGACAGGUGACAGACCCUCUAUACUGCUCUCUAGAGGCUGUGAGCGGGAGUCCAGUGUUUCGAUGUGGAUCUAUGUGUUUCUCGGCAACGUCCUGCGUGGGAUCGGAGAGACUCCAGUACAGCCUCUGGGAAUCUCUUAUAUUGAUGAUUAUGCACAAUCCGAAAAUGCUGCCUUUUAUAUUGGAUGUGUCCAAACCAUAGCAGUUAUUGGUCCUGUCUUUGGGUACCUGCUGGGCUCGCUGUGUGCCAAGAUCUACGUUGACAUUGGCUAUGUGGACAUGGAGACGGUGACUAUUACCCCUGGUGAUGCCCGUUGGGUGGGGGCGUGGUGGCUGGGCUACCUCAUUGCUGGUACUAUCACCCUCAUGUCUGCUGUUCCGUUCUGGUUCCUGCCUAAAUCGCUGCCUAUGCCUGUGGAUAAACACGAUACCAGCUGCACUCCAGAGCAAACCAGGUUUAUCAAAGAUUCCCCAACAAUGGAGCACAAGUUCAGACCUGAAGAGCCAGCUAAUUUACAUCAGAUGACCAAAGAAUUUGUGCCCACAGUGAAGAGUCUCCUUGGAAAUCCUGUGUACAUCAUCUACUUAUGCGUAACCAUCAUUCAGUUCAACUCUCUCAUCGGGAUGGUUACCUACAAACCCAAAUAUAUUGAGCAACACUAUGGCCAGUCAGCAUCAAAAGCCAAUUUUCUUAUGGGCAUGAUCAACAUCCCGGCUGUGGCCCUGGGGAUGUUCUCUGGAGGGGUUGUCAUGAAGAAGUACAAGCUAGGUAUCAUGGGAGCAGCCAAAUUUGCCUUUGGGACCUCUCUGUUGGGCUACUUCCUGUCAAUCUUUUUCUUAGCCAUGGGCUGUGAGAACUCCAAGGUGGCAGGCAUCACAGUUUCAUAUACCGGAGUGGAAGGCUUGUCUUAUAAGGAACCGUCUCUCUUCUCUGACUGCAAUUCGGGUUGCUUGUGCUCAAUAAGGGAGUGGGAUCCAGUGUGUGGAGAGAACGGGAUCACCUAUGUGUCACCGUGCUUGGCUGGAUGUGCCUCCUCCACUGGAUCUGGCAGAAAUACGGUGUUUGACAAUUGCAGGUGUAUAGCACUCGCUUCUACCCAACCAGGCAACCUGACGGCCACUCUGGGCCAGUGUCCACACAGAGACAACUGUGACAAAAUAUUUCCUUACUUCCUGGCUUUGUCCGUCCUCAGUUCCUUCAUCAUCUCUCUUGGGGGAACACCUGGCUUCAUGCUGCUUGUCAGGUGCAUAAAACCUGAGCUGAAAUCCCUUGCUCUUGGAAUUCACACGCUGGCCACUCGCACCCUUGCUGGAAUACCUGCCCCUAUAUACUUUGGAGCCAUAAUCGACACAACAUGUCUCAAAUGGGGAUACAAGACGUGUGGAGGAAGAGGAGCCUGCAGAAUAUAUAACACCUCAGCUUACAGGAUCGUGUACCUGGGUCUGACAUUGGGCUUGAGGACAGUCUCCUUCUUCCUUUGUAUUUCAGGCUUCGCACUACUUAAAAGACACAUUAAGAGAGAAGAGAAAUAUGCUCUGACCAAUGGGAGUGCAGAGCUGGAGUCGCUAAGGAAAGAGGAGAACAACUCCAUACACUGUGAGCAGUUUAUACUGGCCUCGGACUGCAAUCCUGACAGAGAGACUUGCUUGUGAGCCUCAGCAGCGACCUCAUCUCUUCUGACUUAACUCUGCGGAGCACCUCAGAUGUAUAGAGGAACACACACUGUGGACACUUUUCAUAGCACACAGAGUAUAUAUUUGUACAGGAUUUGUGUAGCUGUAAGAUACCUGAAAUACAAGUCAUUUUAGAUAUGCUGGAAUGUAAAAUUGUAUGUAAUUGUGUUUUUCAGGAAUGGAAGACUUUUUGUAGAAAAAAAAGAAUGUAAUUGUGCUGUAUU